AUGGCAGGGGGCGGAGAAAGCAAACACGUGGGUUCCUGGCUCCCGUCCUCGGGAUCCGUGAAAGGCGAACGUCAGCAUGCAGCGAGGGGUGUUGGCGCGCCCGGCAUGCACCGCGAGCUCGCCCUUGCCCCGCCAGCGGCCAUGCAGAGCCGGUGCGCCCUGGGCGCACGGAGGGCGCACUGCGCUGCGCGGCUAUGCGCCGAGCGGGCGCUGCACGGCCGGGAAGGCGCUCCGGGGCAGCCGGCGGUGGCGGCGGCGUCGAGCGAGGCGCUGCUGCGGAGGCUGGUCGCGGGCGGCGCGUCGGUGGUGCCGGGCUUCCUGAGCGAGGAAGAAGAGGCGCUGCUGGCGCGGGAGGUGGAGGCGCCGCUGCGCCGAGGCCGCUACCAGGACGCGCACUGGGACGGGGUGGGUAUCCCCGGGGCACCUUGGGCACCCGAGGUGGGCGCGCGAAGGGGAGAGGAGACGGGGGCUUUCCUCUUUCCAAAAAAAUUAUUAGUUUUCCACAUUUUUAGACAAACAAACACAAAUCAUAACUGAACUUGGUCCAGUAUUAAUAUCAGUUAAAUGACUUCCUCAAAUUCCCUUGACUGAAUUUCAUUAUGCAUCAUUGUAACGGUUUUCCAAAAUAAUAUCUCAUAAAAUUUACUUAAUCCUCUUAACAUCUUUAUCUCUUUUCAUCUUAACUUUAAACAUAUUGUUUUAGAAUUUCACAUAUUCAGAUCCUUAGCCUAUUAUUUUGCAAGUAUUUCUAUUUAGUUUAUCUUAGCAUAUUUAGAUAAAUAGUCUUUGAAUUUCUUCCAUUCUUCUUGAUGCUCCUCCUCCUCCUGGUCAAUUCUUCCGGUCAGGUCGGCUAGCUCCGAAAAGUCCAUCAUCUUCAUCUGCCAUUCCUCCACUGUUGGUAUUUUUUGUGUUUUCUAAUUCUUGGCUAAUAGAAUUCGAGCUGCAGUUGUGGCAUACAAAAACAAUCUAACAUCUUUUUUGGGCAACUCCAGACCUAUUAUCCCAAGAAGAAAGGCCUCUGGUUUCUUAACAAAUGUGUAUUUCAGCAUUAUUUUCAGCUCAUUAUAAAUCUUCUCCCAGAAGUCUUUCACCUUGGGGCAGGUCCACCACAUAUGGUAAAAGGUACCCUCCUUUUCUUUACAUUUCCAGCAUAGAUUAUCAGUAUUGUGAUAAAUCUUUGCUAACUUUACAGGGGUCAAGUACCAUCUAUACAUCACUUUCAUUAUAUUUUCCUUUAACAUUGUACAUGCAGUAAACUUGACCCCUUUCCUCCACAACCUUUCCCAAUUUCAGAUGUGGGCUUUCCUCUUUCCAUUUUUUUUUUUUUUUAAGAAUAUUUAUUCAAAUUUUAAGAUUACAAAAAAAAAAAUAAAGCAAGAAAAACCAAUCACAUACAUCUUACAAAAGAAACACACCAUACAAGAAAAGAAAAAAAAUACACAAGACAAAAAGUCACAAUAAAAAAUAACAAAAGAAAAAUUCAAAUUAAACAAACCGUUUUCCCAUUUACUUAUUUCCGUGACUUCCUCUCACUUCUCUGCUUUGUAUUCUAAUUCAAAUUGUAUCUCCAGCAAAUCCUUCUAGCCUUCUUUUCAUUUACUUAUUUUAACAUUUUAACAUUCAAAAAUAUUUAAUUCUCCUCUAUCUUUUAAUUUACACUUCAUAUUUACUUAAUUCCAUUAUACUCUGUCUGCCAAUACGGUGUAAUAUUUCUUCUCCAACCUUUCCUAAUGGGCUUUCCUCUUUCCAGGCCUUGGGCAGGUUCAACCACCGGGGGCCUCCCAAACAUCUCACGAAAUCUCUUCUCCAUCCCGUAGGUUAUUCAUAGGUACCGCGAGACAGAAAGAUCGCAUUGGAGCAAGGAGUGUCAGGAGAUCCUGCAAAGGGUCCGGGAUACGGCUUUCCCCCCGGGAGUGCCGCAGCUCGCUCAAGUUCAUGUCCUGGAUUUGGAUAAAACUGGCUACAUAAAGCCUCACAUAGACAGUGUCAAGGUAAGGCAAACACGCCAGGUAUUCUCCUUUCAGCUUUGCAGAAUAGCAUCUUGAUAACUGGGGAGGGUUGUGCCCCAGGGCAGGGUUGGAAAUGGGGGUGGCCUCCGCAUGCUGGGGGCUAUAAUGCCUCAUUCCUGGUUAUGAUCUGUGCUGGCUGGUAUAUAAUAAUAAUAAUAGUAAUAAUAGUAAUAUACCUGAAGGAGCGUCUCCACCCCCAUCAUUCUGCCCGGACGCUGAGGUCCAGCACCGAGGGCCUUCUGGCGGUUCCCUCAUUGCGAGAAGCAAAGCUACAGGGAACCAGGCAGAGGGCCUUCUCGGUAGUGGCGCCCGCCCUGUGGAACGCCCUCCCAUCAGAUGUCAAAGCGAUAAAUAACUACCUGACAUUUAGAAGGCAUCUUAAGGCAGCUCUGUUCAGGGAAGCUUUUAAUCUGUGAUAUUUUACUGUAUUUUUUGUUUCUAUGGAAGCUGCCCAGAGUGGCUGGGGAAGCCCACCCAGAUGGGCGGGGUACAAAUAAUAAAUUAUUAUUAUAUUAUUAUUAUACCCCGCCCAUCUGGCUGAGUUUCCCCAGCCACUCUGGGCGGCUCCCAAACAAGUGUUAAAAACAGUACAGCAUUAAAUAUUAAAAACUUCCCUGAACAGGGCUGCCUUCAGAUGUCUUUUAAAGAUAGGAUAGCUGCUUACCGUAUUUCCUUCACAUUUGAAAGGAGGGUGUUCCACAGGGUGGGCACCACUACCGAGAAGGCCCUCUGCCUGGUUCCCUGUAACCUCACUUCUCGCAAUAAGGGAACCACCAGAAGGCCCGUGGUGCUGGAUCUCAGUGUCCGGGCUGGACGAUGGGGGUGGAGACGCUCCUUCAGGUAUACAGGACCGAGGCUUUUUUAGGGCUUUAAAGGUCAGCACCAACACUUUGAAUUGUGCUCGGCAACGUACUGGGAGCCAAUGCAAAUCUCUCAGGACUGGUGUUAUGUGGUCCCGGUGGCCACUCCCAGUCACCAGUCUAGCUGCCGCAUUCUGGAUUAAUUGCAGUUUCCGGAUCACCUACAAAGGUAGCCCCAUGUUGGCCACCCCUUCCCUAGGUGCCCUUUAUGGGCUUCCUAGAGCCAACCCAGCAGUUCGAAAGCAUGUCAAAGUGCAAGUAGAUAAAUAGGUACCGCUCUGGCGGGAAGGUAAACGGCGUUUCUGUGCGCUGCUCUGGUUCGCCAGAAGCGGCUUAGUCAUGCUGGCCACAUGACCCAGAAGCUGUAUGCCGGCUCCCUCGGCCAAUAAAGCGAGAUGAGCGCCACAACCCCAGAGUCGGUCACAACUGGACCUAAUGGACAGGGGUCCCUUUACCUUUACCUAGAGCCACCUGACUGGCCAGGAUGUGAGAGAUGUGGUACUAGAGGGAACUUUGAUCUGGUUGGCCAUAAAUAGUCCUUAUGGAUUUGUUUGCAAUAUGGCAACUUCCCCCCCUUCACCUUGAGCCAGCAAAAUGAAUGGGAAGCAACAUCAAGCAACGGUGACUGAAAUAAGUGCAGGUGGGAAGCUGUACGCCGGCUCCCUCGGCCAAUAAAGCGAGAUGAGCACCGCAACCCCAGAGUCGGUCACGACUGGACCUAAUGGACAGGGGUCCCUUUACCUUUAAGGCCUUUUUCAAGAAGAGCACCUGCCUUUUGUUGCUGUGCAUUCAUGCACGAAAGGUUGGCCCUUAGUUGCUAUAAGAAGGCCUGGUUCUCAUUGAGAAGGUAAAUUUGUGUUUGGACGGCAGCAGUACCUGUGACCGCAGCUGGAGGCUCUUCUCUCUGAAUGCUCCAUCGGUCAAAGCAGCUCCCUGCAUGUCUGGGAAGGAUUCUAGCCUCUCAUUCUCCCUGACAUUCUAGUUUUCUGUGCCAUGGGGACUGUGUUUGGUGGAGGAUUUCAUCGCAUGAAUUCCUUCAAACUGAAUUCAAGGGAAAGAGGUCAAAUACAGAUUUACCCUGUCAGUGAGAACCAGGCUUGUCUGUUCCCUUCUGGCGUUGCUUUCUCAUGAGAAUAGAUUUUGCUUCAAUUGGGGAAUUGUUGCUUUGAAAAUUUGUGUUGGAAUACGAUUCCUGUAGCAUAAUCGUUUGCAUGUCUACUCAGACGUGGGUCCCGUUGAGUUUGGUGCCCCUUCUUGGCAACAUCAAACCCCAGUCAGGCAUUGAGAAAAUGUGUGCAAAUGUUAGCACCUUUCUCCCCGUGUAAAUGUAUCUUCCUGCCCCACCUCUCACAGGUGCUGUUGUUUCUGGGUUGUGUUAAAGGACUGGUUGUGAUUACAGAAUUAAACAUUCUGUUUUCUUUUCCCCUUCCUUUUUUCAAAAAACCACCUGCUAGUUCUGUGGCUGCACCAUUGCAGGCCUUUCCCUGCUGUCCUCAAGCGUGAUGCGCCUGGUCAGUGAGCAGAACGGGCACGACUGGCUGGACCUGCUGCUUGAACGCCGUUCUCUCUACAUCCUCAGGUAGUAAGCAGUAUUAGUAUAUUCGAAUUGCCUGGUUAGAUUACAGGCAGAGAUACCAUCCUGCCUCCCAACAGAUGCCUCUGAGAAAGUACGGCGAUGAAAGCAAGAGUCCUCCCUUGUUGUUUGCUUACCUGUCAAAAUCCCCUUGCAAAGCGUUCUUUGAGGGGAGCACUAGGUUCCUGCUUCCGCUUCUCUGCAUGGCCACAAGGCGUGCUUCAGAAGAAUUUAAACACCAUUCCCUGUUACGCUCAAACUCAGGGGGACGAACCCCACGCAGAUACUGGUUCUCGCAAAUCACGGUUCCCUGCUUUUUGGGUGUUACAAGGCACUGUGUUUUGUUCAACAGCAGAAGCUUCUGAUCCCCAAAAAGAGGGGAGAGGGGGAAUAUAUGAGCUCAAGAGUCAUUUGUGGAUCAAGGGACCGUGGCUUCAUAUUAUGUGUGAACCAGUCUGAUGUCUUACAGGAAUUCAUGAAGGUCCUGAGCUCUUCAUAUACAUGAAGUGCUGUGAGAUGUAGACUAGUGUGUUUUGUGUGUGUGUGUAUCUGCAGACUGCAUCUCUACAGUUAGUGUCUGCAAACAGAAGGUCUUCUUUAGGAUUGCCCAGUGAAGCCAGAUAUAAAAUACCCAAGUCCUGGUGCUGAGCCACAGAGACCCAGUUGGGUGGAUCACAGUGUCUCUUUUUCUGCCUGGAGCAAAAUUCUUUCCAUUCUGUCUCGCCAGAGUGGUGCAUGCUCUGGUUAUCUCCUGCUUGGACUACUGCAAUGCACUCUACGUGGGGCUACCUUUGAAGGUGACCCGGAAACAACAACUAAUCCAGAAUGCGGCAGCUAGACUGGUGACUGGGAGCGGCUGCCAAGACCAUAUAACACUGGUCCUGAAAGAUCUACGUUGGCUCCCAGUAUGUUUCCGAGUACAAUUUAAAGUGUUGGUACUGACCUUUAAAGCCCUAAAUGGCCUCAGCCCAGUAUACCUGAAGGAGUGUUUCCACCCCAUCAUUCAGCCAGGACAAUGGGCUCCAGCUCCAAGGGCCUUCUGGUGAUUCCCUCACUGCAAGAACCAGGCAGAGGGCCUUCUCGGUAGUGGCGCCCACCCUGUGGAACACACUCCCAUCAGAUGUCAAGGAAAUAAACAGCUAUCUGACUUUUAGAAGACAUCUGAAGGCAGCCCUGUUUAGGGAAGUUUUUAAUGUUUGAUGUUUUCUUCUGUUUUUAAUAUUCUGUUUGGGAGCUGCCCAGAGUGGUUGGGGAAACCAAGCCAGAUGGGCAGAGUAUGGGUACGUUUGUGUGUGUGUAAAUAGUAAUUAUUAUUAGUUAUGGUAACACACUGGUAUCUUGUGUAAUUUCUUCUUUGCCUUAAGGGGGCCAGCUCGCUAUGAAUUCACUCACGAGAUCCUUAAAGAUGAGGAAUCCUUUUUUGGUGGAAGAAAGAUCCCCCGGGAGCGGAGGAUCUCUGUCAUCUGCCGAAACCUCCCCUUGCCAUCUACUCCGCCGUAGAACCUGACUUUCUCCAUUUGGAGUAUCUCUUAAGCACUCAUCUGGUGGGAGUGGGGCUGCUUCUGAAAUUGUUGCUCUGCCCUGCCCUCCUGGCUCCAUGGGACACAGCUCUGCAGCCAGGAGUAAGUGAUGGGCUUUCUCCUCAGCGCACCAGAAGGAGAGUCUGAGGAUGGUCAAGAUCUAAGGCAGUUUUGCCCUUAGCAGAUGGGAAAGAGGGGCGCCCUGCAAAGAGUUGGAGAAAUGGACCGAAACAUACUUCAUGAAUGUACUGUUCAUCUCAGGGAAUAAAAAUCUUGAUGCUUCUUCUUUGA